UCGGCAGGAUGUGGGCGGGGUCAUGUUGCUCCGUUUAUUUCGUGGACCCUCGAAUACUAGUCUCUUCAGGAUUAGCCUGGGUGUGAAGCACAGCGCGACGUCGGGUCCAAGUGACCUUGGCUUCAUGACAGGAUGCUGGUGGUGGAGGUCGCAAAUGGCCGCUCGCUGGUGUGGGGGGCCGAGGCCGUGCAGGCGCUGCGGGAGCGCCUGGGAGUGGGGGGCCGCACGGUGGGCGCCCUGCCCCGCGGACCCCGCCAGAACUCACGCCUCGGCCUCCCGUUGCUGCUCAUGCCCGAAGAGGCCCGGCUCCUGGCUGAGAUCGGUGCCGUGACCCUCGUCAGCGUCCCGCGUCCGGAUCCCCACCACCAUGGCCUCGCCCUAGAAUCGUUCAAGCGCCAGCAAGAGCAGAGUUUCCAGGAGCAACGCACGUUGGCGGCCGAGGCCCGUGAGGCCCGGCGUCAGGAGCUCCUAGAAAAGAUUGCAGAGGGCCAGGCUGCCAAGAAGCAAAAGAUGGAACAAGACUCAGGCACCACCGAGACUCCAGAGGGCGGUGGAAGCGAAGCUACCCAACGGAAUGAGACCAGUGACGGCCAGGCUUCCGGGGAGCAAGAAGAAGCAGCCGCCUCCUCUCCCCAACCAGGACCUUCAAAUGGGGUGACCCCUUUGCCCAGAUCUGCCUUGCUCAUCCAGCUGGCCACUGCCAGGCCCCGACCUGUGAAGGCUAAGCCUUUGGACUGGCGUGUCCAGUCCAAAGAUUGGCCCCAUGCUGGACGUCCGGCCCAUGAGCUUCGCUACAGUAUCUACAGGGACCUGUGGGAGAGAGGUUUCUUCCUCAGUGCUGCCGGGAAGUUUGGUGGUGACUUCUUGGUCUAUCCUGGUGACCCACUCCGUUUCCAUGCACACUACAUUGCUCAGUGCUGGGCUCCUGAGGACCCCAUCCCACUGCAAGACCUGGUCUCUGCUGGGCGCCUGGGAACCAGCGUCAGAAAGACCCUGCUACUCUGUUCCCCUCAGCCUGAUGGUAAGGUGGUCUACACCUCCCUGCAGUGGGCCAGCCUGCAGUGAGUACCAGAGACCCAGGGGAUGUGGCGGAGCACAGCAUGUCUGCCUGGAGGCUUGUGCCCUCCUGCCCUCAUCUACUCUUGGUUCUGAUCCCAGGGUUGUGAACACUACAUCCUUUCUUGGUUUUGUCUGUUUCAAAGCACUUGCUGGAUGUGUUAUUUUUAUAGUUAUUUCCAAACUGUGAGCUCGUUGAGAAUGGGGAGUGGGUUUUGGUUGGUUCUCUGUUUUAUACAGGGCAUAGGGCCCAGCAGUUCUCAAUAAAUUUGUUGAAUAAA